AUGUUAAAGCUUUGGAUUGUGCGAAGAUCCUGUGAAAUGUGAGUUUUUUCCUAAUAAUUUCGGGCUCAGCUUUCAAAAAAAUUGUGUGCUAUUGAUUUUUCGCUGAAACUAAAUUUUUCUCGCUUUUUUUUUUGGAAAAUUUGAAUAAAUUUGAAAAAACGCACGCUACAGUAAUCUUAAUUUAAUUUUUUUGGAAAAACUGCAAUUUUCAGAUGCCGUUUGCUUUGGAUAUUGGUCACAUCUGGACUCAAUGGCUAUUUCAAAUUGGCCUCAAGUGGAAACGGAAAAUCUAUGGAUAAACCGGUUAGGAUUAAUGUCCCUAACCGGAAAUUCAUUAAUUGAUAAUUCAAAAAUCCACCACAAAACAUCCACCCGACAUCUUUCCCAUUUCAUUUAUUUUGGUCGAAAAUUGAGAAGAAGUUAUGAUAUUGUUGGUGCCAAAACUAUGAAUUUUGCUAGAAAUUGAUCGUGCCAAUUCAAGAAAAAACCGGCGUUCCUCGGUUCGAAAAAAAACGACGAAAUAUAUUCAAUUUUGUGGAUCAACAUAUUGUGAAACAAAUUGAAUAA